GUUUCAGACAUAUCUCUGUCUCUUUUCUAAUAAUCACAAGAAAAAAAAUUAUUAUAAUAAUAGUAAGAACUAAUAAGUACUUGUUGAUAUAAAUGCAUUUUGUGUUUGUACUUUAGGACAGGUUGUUUUGUGUGGGUUUGGGUUUAGAGGAAUUUGUGUUUUUGGGGAGUUGAGGUGAAGGCCUGAAGGGAGAUUUGGUAUUAUGGCAGGAGGGCAUGCACCACCACCUAAACAAGAGGAGCUGCUUCCACAUCCAGCUAAAGAUCAGUUGCUUAAUAUUGCUUAUUGUAUCACUAGCCCUCCUCCCUGGCCUGAGGCAAUAUUACUUGGCUUCCAGCACUAUCUUGUGAUGCUCGGCACUACAGUUCUUAUUCCCACUACUCUGGUUCCGCAAAUGGGAGGAGGCAAUGAAGAGAAAGCCAAGAUGAUCCAGACGCUACUUUUUGUUGCUGGAGUAAAUACGUAUAUGCAGACAUUGUUCGGCUCCAGAUUACCUGCUGUAAUUGGAGCCUCAUAUACAUUUGUGCCAACAACUCUGUCAAUUGUCUUGGCUGGGCGAUACAGUGACCUUGUAGAUCCUGCUGAGAAAUUUGAGAAGAUAAUGCGGGGGACACAGGGUGCUCUAAUUGUUGCGUCUACACUUCAAAUUGUUCUUGGUUUUAGUGGCCUUUGGCGUAAUGUGAUGAGGUUUGUGAGUCCACUAUCGGUAGUUCCAUUGGUAUCACUAGCAGGGUUCGGGCUGUAUGAAUUUGGUUUUCCGCUGCUCACAAAAUGUGUGGAAAUUGGACUGCCCCAACUCCUCAUUCUAGUAAUCUUUUCACAGUAUAUACCUCAUCUUAUGGGUGGCGAGAAGCAUAUCUUUGACCGCUUUGCUGUAAUAUUCUCGGUGAUUAUUGUGUGGAUCUAUGCUCACUUGCUUACUGUUGGGGGAGCUUAUAAGCACUCACCAAGAACAACCCAGAUGAGCUGCCGAACAGACCGUUCUGGGAUUAUUGGUGCAGCUCCAUGGAUAAGAGUUCCAUAUCCAUUCCAAUGGGGAGCUCCCACCUUUGAUGCUGGAGAAGCUUUUGCUAUGAUGGCUGCUUCAUUGGUUGCUCUUAUCGAGUCCACUGGUGCAUUCAUUGCUGUGUCAAGGUAUGCAAGUGCUACCCCUAUACCACCCUCUGUGCUCAGCCGUGGAGUUGGUUGGCAGGGAGUGGGCAUAUUGUUCUCUGGAAUAUUCGGAACUGGAAACGGGUCGUCGGUAUCUGUGGAAAAUGCUGGUUUGCUAGCUCUCACACGUGUGGGCAGCCGCAGGGUUGUGCAGAUAUCUGCUGGAUUCAUGAUAUUUUUUUCUAUACUUGCAAAAUUUGGAGCAGUCUUUGCCUCAAUUCCUGCACCGAUCAUUGCAGCUAUGUACUGUCUUUUCUUUGCCUAUGUGGGUGCUGGUGGCCUUAGUUUCCUUCAGUUUUGCAAUUUGAACAGCUUCAGAACAAAGUUCAUCUUGGGCUUCUCAAUUUUCAUGGGAUUAUCGAUUCCGCAAUAUUUUAACGAGUACUUAGCAGUGAAGGGCUACGGUCCUGUCCAUACUAAAUCUAGAUGGUUCAACGAUAUGAUCAAUGUCCCAUUCUCGUCAGAAGCGUUUGUUGCUGGCUUGUUGGCUUUGUUUCUAGAUGUCACACUUCAUCACAAAGACAAUGCUACAAGGAAGGACAGGGGUAUGCAAUGGUGGGACAAGUUUAGGUCAUACAAGACGGAUACCAGGAGCGAGGAAUUCUAUUCACUGCCCUUCAAUCUCAACAAAUUUUUCCCGUCUGUGUAAUAUGAUUGAUGGGGAAGUUCUCUAUAACUGAGUGACUGACAUAUCUUGUAGCAGUUUUUGUGGGUAUCAAACCUAAAUUCUUAUUGUUUCUCCUUCUCUCAUAUUUUUGUUCUCUGAAAAGAAAGAAGAAAAACUAGCAGUACAUACCAUCUCAGUUUUUUCUACUUGUGCAACAAUCAGUGUAUGUAUCUCUCUAUUUUGACAGAACAUGGAUUGAAGUGCUUAUUUAACUCGACA